AUCAGUAAGAUUACGUUCCCCUUACAGCGUGCCUCUGAAGGGACUACAGUAAGUGUUUGACUGUCAAGAAAACUAGAAGAAUGAAACUCGUACUGGUGUUGAUGCUGUGUGCCUUGGCGGCUGCAGCUCCUAAAUCUCACAAACCUGUGCCAGCGACCCAAGUCGCAGAUACGUUGGAAAGUCGCAACUUACUGGUGAACGCCUUGGUCCGUCAGCUGAUCGCGUACGUUCGCUACGUCAUCAACAACGGUUCUUCAAUCUUUAACAUACCUCCUUUGGACCCUCUGGACUUAGAGAACUACCAUCUCGAUGUUCCUGCUGGUCUUGUCAACUUGGACUUGGAACUUUCCAAGAUAUUAGUGACUGGCCUCGGUAGAUUCGUGGUGCACAAGAGUAACCUGAACCUGUCUACCCUCACCUUCGACCUUGACAUCUCCGUGCCAAUCAUUGAGGCAACUGCUGAGGAGUACGACCUUCUUGGUGAUCUCUUCACAGCCAUCCCUCUGUACGGAAAAGGAAAAGCUUUGUUCCAAGUGGAAAACUUCAGGUUCCAAGCUAAAUUAUACCUGAAACAGUCCGACGACGAGAAAUCUGUGCUCAUCGACAGAAUCGAGAACCCUUCCUUCCAAGUGCCCAACUUCAAGUCGGUAUUGACCGGAGUCAUCGGUGGAGGUGAAAUCGACGGUAUCGUGAACUCUGUCAUCGAAGAAGUCGUUAUAGACUACGUGAACAGAUUCCAAGGAGCCAUCGGCAAGACUGCCGCCUCCCUUGUCAUCUCAGGGCUCAAUCCCCUGUUGGAGCAGCUAGAUACCUGGCGUUACAUCGCAGUCCUUAUACCCAGAAGCCAAUAAACCGACCAGUAUUUUUCUAACACACCCUGUACCUGCCUAAAAUGUUGCUUCCGCAAGUUCCUAUGAGACGAUAAAAGAAAAUAAAUGAUCGACUCGAUUUUAAGAUCGAAGAAUUCUAAUUAAUUAUGAUAUUAACACAAUUAAAAUUUAUGUUUAUUUAUUUGGUGAUUUAUUUAUUGCCCGUACCUAUAUUAAUUAGAGAC